AAUGGAGAAGAUAAUUCUGUACGGGCUGGUUAUGUUCUGGAAUGUAAUUCUGUGCACAACCUGUGAGCUUUCUAAUAUUACAAUUGUGCUGGAAAAGGAGGAAUGUGGAGCCUGCAUCUCUGUGAAUGCCACUUGGUGCUCAGGAUACUGCCACACCAAGGAUCCAAAUUUAAUGUACCCACAUAAGUCUGAGAAGCAAGGUGUCUGCACGUACACUGAUGUCGUUUACGAAACGGUGAAAAUUCCUGGAUGUGCUGAGAAUGUAAAUCCGUUCUACACUUAUCCGGUGGCUAUCGACUGUCACUGCGGACGGUGCGAUUCAGAAACCACCGAUUGUACAGUGAGGGCUUUAGGGCCUUCUUACUGUUCUCUAAAUCAAGACUGAGUAAUAGAGAUUGUACUGUUAUACUUUCCAGACUGUCUUACACAUACCUGUCUCUCUUAUCAGCUGCAAUGCCUAAGCCUCUAACUAGGGUGGGACAACCAAAGCCCUUCAGCUGUUGAGGAACUACAAACUCUAG